ACAUCUGUCCCAGGUUAUGUGCCGCCUCAGGCGCUCGUGAUGAUGCCAGCUCCUCAGAGACCAGCCGGAUGCCCACCUGGAUUAGAAUACCUAACACAGAUCGACCAGCUGCUCAUUCACCAGAAAAUAGAGAUGGCUAAAGUGUUAAUAGGAUGGGAGACCAACAAGAAAUACCUGGUGAGGAACACCAUUGGACAGCAGGUGUUCUUUGUGGCUGAGGAAACUGACUGCUAUAACCGAAUGUGCUGUGGGCCGAUGCGUUCCUUCUUCCUCCACGUGCAGGACAACAUGGGGCAGGAGGUGAUGACCCUCACCCGACCGUUACGCUGUGGUUGCUGCUGUUUUCCCUGCUGUCUACAAGAGCUCGAGGUUCAGUCUCCACCAGGCACGCCGAUAGGAUACGUGGUUCAGAAAUGGCAUCCUUUCUUGCCCAAAUUUACAAUUCAAAAUGAGAAGAAGGAGGACGUGCUGAAGAUUGUGGGGCCCUUCUGCGCUUGUAAAUGUUGUUCGGAUGUGAACUUUGAGGUUUUGUCCAUGGACGAAACAGCAAAUGUGGGUAGGAUCUGUAAGCAGUGGACAGGAAUCGUGCAGGAAGCCUUCACAGAGGCUGACAACUUCGGCAUCAAGUUCCCUAUGGACCUGGAUGUGAAGAUUAAGGCUGUACUUUUUGGGGCCUGUUUUCUCAUUGACUUCAUGUUUUUUUAAAACAACCAGAAUAACAGUUGAGCAGGAAGUUUCUUCUUGUUUUAGUUGCUGUGACGGUUCAGACUCAAACUUUUGCUGGACAUUUAUCUACAUUAACAAAAAGAAAAUAAAUAAAUUGCAUGAGUGUACAUGUAUUUUAUAUUUUUAAUACACAUAUUUGAAUAUUUGAUAUAUUAUUUGCAUUGUGUAUGGGAUUUCUGUAUGUUUUAUAGUUGAUUUGAUUUUGAACCUCUAGGUGGCACCAAAGACAAACAGAACUGGCAUUGAGUACCAGCAUCAUUACAGAAUCAUUGUUGGUCAUUUAUAGAUGAACUUUACUGUAGUAAAAGCCAGUAAUUGUGCUAGUUAGUCAAGAACAGGGUUCUAAUUAUGUGC